AUGUGCUCCGCAACACAACAUAUCACAAUGAUCUCCAUUAUCAACCCUCGGAUCACGCCUUCCACCCGCCACUCGCUCUGGUAUCCAUUUUUCAGUAGCUAUAAGAGAGUUGUCUUUCUGUCAGCACCAUGCCAACUCUCAACUAUCUUCUUCAGUUUGAUGAAUCUUAACUAUUCUCCCGCGUCGUCGUUACUUUGGCUAGCAGCCAUCUGUUUUGUCUUUGCCCACGCCUAUCCUUUGCGCGUGGGGCUGGAGCAUUUCAACUUGACGGCUGAAGAUUGGCAGAGAAAGAUACACGAGGAAGGAUAUCGCUUCCUUAAGGGCUUUGUGAAUGUGAAUGGGAGGAGGCUGUUACUGGUCGACUUUCCUGGUUGGUUAUGUGUUUUUGCGGCUGUCGUCGUCCAUUUGAGGUCCUAG